CAAAUGCUCACAAUGGCUAGGGCUGGGCCAGGCGGAAGCCAGGACCCAUAAACUCCAUCCGGGUCCCACGUGGGUGGCAGGGCCCCAAGCGCUGGAGCCAGCACCAGGGUGCAGACUAACAGGGAGCCGGAGCCGGGACUCAAACCCGGGCCUUGGGAUGUGAGAUGCAGGGGUCCCGACCGCUAUGCCGAGAGCUCCCCAUGCAUGAGCAAGAGGGGGGCUCCUCGCCCCAGUUCCCAGAAGAGCAAACAGAGCUUCCGUCCGUGAAGGGCCCGUGUUCGUUCCCGCUCCAGCUUCGGAGCCAGCCUCCCUGCCACAAGGGAAGUGGCGGUUCCCCGCGGCCCCUUAAGGCGGGGCCACGCCCCCAUUUACUUCCGCCUUCGCGCGGCGCUUUUCUGACCUCAGCGGCCACCGUAGCCCCGCCCCCUCCCAGGGCCGCGGCCCUCCACGCGCAGACGAGCUCUCUGACCGGCAUGAAGCCACCGGCGCGGCGGCGAGCGACCCCCGCGCGCUACGUGGAGGAAGUGACGGGACCCCAGGCCUGGAGUCCCCGCGAGAAACGGCAGCUGCUGCAACUGCUGCAGGCGCGGCACGGCCAGCCGGAGCCAGACGCUGCCGAGCUGGCCCAGGAGCUGCAGAGUCGGAGCGAGACUGAAAUCCGGAACUUCCUCCAGAAGCUCAAGGCCCGUGUGGUCCGGGAGGCUAUUCAGAGGGUGCAUCCAGAUGGCCCACAGGGAGCACGGCGGCGGGAGGCCCAGCCCCCUGCCCCCAUAGAGGUGUGGAUGGAUCUAGCGGAGAGGGUCACGGGCCCGCUGGAGGGAGCCCUGACCACAGCCUUCUCACAGGCACUCACCAUCGCCACCACGGAACCCACCAACCUCCUGCACUCCAGGCCCGCCAAGCCCACGCAGGCACGUGCAAAGCCGCUGCUGCUGAGCGCCCCCGGAGGGCCGCAGGACCCCGCCCCGGAGGUGCCUGGCCCCGCCCCUGAAACAUCUGGCCCCGCCCCCGAGGCCCCUUCCAAAUCCUCUUCUGGCCCCUCCCUGGCUGAGGGAGACUUCCCCGUGGACUUCGAGAAGAUUUACAAGUACCUGGCCUCCUUCUCCCGCGGUGGCCAGGCUCCUGAGCUCUCGGCUACCGAGUCGGCCGUGGUCCUGGACCUGCUCCUGUCCCUCCCUGAGGAGCUGUCGCGCCUGCCCUGCGUCGCCCUGGCUGAGCACAUGGCCCAAAUGUACAAUCGCCUGACGGCCCCCGAGCCCAGCCUGGCUGAGGGGGGCCCUGCCGGGGAGAGCCCUCCCGGGGAGAGCCCUGCCGAGGCGGGAGGAGAGGCAGGCAGGGGCCAGGCCAGCUCCCAGGGCCCCGAGGGCACUGGGCCCAGCGACCUGAGGUCCACCUGGCAGGCAGCUGGCAUCUGCCCCCUUAACCCAUUCGUGGUGCCCCUGGAGCUCUUGGGCCGGGUGGCCAGCCCUGCAAGGUGAAGCCCACGCCUGACCUCCUGGGCGGAGCCGCCGUCCUGCCCAGCUAGCGCUGGGCCGCGGGAGGACCCUGGGGUGCCAGGUCCCAACCACAGUGCUCAGCCAGUGGGCGAGUCUGCAGGGCGCUGCACACAACAGGGUCUCAGGAAUGGAACCACAGCCGUGCGGAACUCCCGUGGGGACGCUGGCCUGCUGCCCCGGUGUGCCUUGUUCUCUGCUGGGGGCCGUCACAGGCACCGGACACACCGUGCACCUGCGACCUGCCAUUGUCCGGGUUUCGUCACACUCUGACCCCCCACUCCUCACCCCUUCUUGUGACUCAAUAAAGUGCCCGCCAGCCUG